AUGCAUUUUACACGUCUCGCAAUCCCCACGUUGGCCUCCUUGGUUGUUGUGCAAGCACAUCCAGGGCACGACAUCAAUCAAGAAAUUGCCGAUAUUGCAAAGGCUCAUGAGUUUCACAAGAGAGAUAUCAGUAGCUGCUACUCAAAGCUCAAGGCUCGAGGUCAUCAUCAACGUAUCACUGAUAGAAGACACGAGAUCAUCAAGAAGGAGAGAGAGAAGCGCGGUCUCCCUACUGAUGCAUCCAUCAUCAAACUCCGUGACCUCCCCGAGCUCGAGGUUCGCGAUGCUCCCACCGUCAUGAACACCAGCCAUUUCUCGACAACCACAUAUUCCCCAGAUGAUGCCUUCUCCACCGUCUUCACCGGAAACAACUCUUGCAUCCUCGUUCCCGAAGUCACCCAAGGUCCUUUCUACGUCUCUGGCGAAUACAUCCGCGCCGACGUCCGCGAAACCGCCAUUCAAACCGGCAUCGAUCUCAUCAUCGAUAUCCAAGUCAUCGACACCUCCACCUGCGAGCCAGUCCCCGAUGUCUAUGUUGAUUUCUGGUAUGCCAAUAGUACUGGUAUGUACAGUGGUACUACAGAAGCUUCGAAUCCCAGCAACAUUAACGCUACAUUUGCGAGAGGUCUUCAACCAACAGGUGCAGAGGGUGCUACGCAGUUUACGGCAUUUUAUCCGGGGCAUUAUCAGGGAAGGAGUCAGCAUAUUCAUGUUGCUACUCAUGUUGAUGGAACUGCUUUCCCCAAUGGAACUUUCCAAGGCUCAACUAUCUCCCAUAUCGGUCAAAUCUUCUUCGAUACUUCUCUCUCCAAUCAAAUCGAAGCACUGACACCCUACUCUACCAACCCCAACCCGGGCUCAACCACCAAUGCCAAUGAUGGAAUCUUCCUCCAAGAAGCCGCCCUCGGCGAUCCCGUCAUGGAAUAUUCUCUCCUAGGCUCCUCCCUCUCCGACGGCCUCUUCGGCUGGAUCGCCUUCGGUAUCGAUCCUACACGCGCUGGUUCCAUUAAGGCAACUGCUGCACUUACUUCGGAUGGCGGUGUGCCUAUUCCUGGAGGGUGGAGGUUGCCGGUGUCCAACGGGUCCUAG